CAACAUGUCGUAUAAUUUAGUGUGGUUGUUCAUAAUAUUAAAGUGUAUUGCUCAAAUGAAAUGCCAUGUAGAAUACGUAGAUGAUUAUCAAGAAACUACGGAAGGGUCGGACGUGCAAUGGGCGCUGGAUCCGCGCAGCUACAUGCGGUGCACGCGGCGCUUCACGCCCGGCCACUGCGUCACGCCGCUGCGCCCCGUCUGGACCUACGACAUCCGCGACCGCACGUGCAACGAGCGUCUGGGUUGUCGCGCGCGCAGCCGCUUCAACCGUUUCGACAGCCGUGAAAGCUGCGAGCUGCGAUGCCGCAACUUAAUAGUACUCAUGAGGACGUGGGCCAGCUACAUCAACCGCGCCGGGAACCAAACCGACGACCUGACUUAUAUCGGUAGCAACAGACGUCGAAUGUAUUACGCUGAAAAGGAGAAGUUAAAGAAAUACGUUCAAGACGAAAAGGAAGAAGAUGAAGAGAGACACAUCGAAGAUGGACCGGUAGAGAGUGAUGAUGAUGAUGAUGAUCGUUAUUCUACUGAGGCUGACAUCGACACACCUGGUGAUGAUUAUUUGUGAAAGAUAACAAGCUUGUUGUCUUUAUCUAAUAUAUGCUAGGACAGUAAAGGUUUGAACAAAC